GUAAGAACCCAAACAAAACAACUUACUUCUGACAUUUGCACAUCUCAAGAUAGAUUAAUAUAGAUGAGUAAAACAGUAGAUCUUAAUGUUUUGCGUCAAAAAGCUUUAGAAUCGGCAAGAAAACAUUCCGAGGAGGAAUCAGACAAAGAAGAUGGAGAAAUAAGUGAAGACACAACUGAGUCUUCUAACAAUGAUGCAAUUCCUCCUGUAACACAACCUAAUCCUUUCCCUUCACAACUUCCUGUAGACGGCUUUACACCACCGAAUACAUUUCCAUUUCCAUUUGCACCUCCUUUUAUGCUUCCUCCGGCAUUUUUCCUUGGGCCGCAAACUACUCCUUUCGCAACUCCGAAUGAGGUCCAAAUUAAAGAAAGUCCUCGCUGGUCAUCUAAGUCGAAAAAUGAGAGUUCAUUUGCUGGUAGUCGCAAAUCUAAUCUUAAUAGAAACAGGACUCCUCGCAUGGAGAAGUCAACAGAACCUCGCUCAUCACCAAAUCGAAAAGGCUCGAGCAAAGUGCUGUCUGAAAGAUCUGAUGAAAACAGAGUAAAGACAUUCGAAGAUGACAGUGGUAUGUCCGACAUUUUACCACCCUCUUCAAAACGAAAUGAGGCGGAAAAUGCUAUUAAUCAAUUAGUUGGUUUUGGCGUUAAAUAUGAUGAUUUCAUUGCUGAAGGUAUUCAUCCUUCUGUCGUGCGAAGUCUUUUUUCUAAGCUAGGCAUCGAACUUCCCUCUAUCACCGUGCCUUCCUCUACAUCUCCAUCUGAACAAACUACUAGACCUACCAGCACCAAGCAACCUCGAAAAAUAGACUUACCUUCAGAUGAUUCGGCUAUUCUUCCUGGUGAUAGCGGGACUCCGACAGUUCUUCCUCAAAGAAAGCGGUUAAAAUCCUUACCUCGUCCUCCCGUAGACGACUGGCUGAACUCCUCGAAACCCUUUGGUAUUUCCAGUCCUUAUAUUGUAAUUGAACUUGAUUCUGAAGAUGAAGUGACUUACGAAAAUGAUAGCUCCUCGACGUCUGAAAUAUCUAUAUCGACAGAUCAAACAGCAAAUUCGCGUUUUGAAUCUCUUGCUUUAUUGCGUAAAAAAGAGAAUGAAAUUCGAAAGAUGACGGAGAUGAUUAUGAAAUUAGAAUCUUCAAAGAAAGCUACAAAACCUGCAAUUCCUAAAGAACCAUCCCCUUUUGUCUCUACAAAAGAGAGUGAUCAGAAAGAACAGUCUUCCAGAUUAACGAUGGAGUCCUCAAAUAGUGAGCAGAGCAAACACAAGAUUGCUCAGCCAACGUCAAAAGCCACACAGGAUGCGCUGGAAGAUGAUGCAGGUUUGCAGGUUAACGACACAACAGAGGAGAAUGUUCCUUGGCUAAGAAAUGUCGAUAACGGUGAGAUUCCAACAAAAUUACAAUCGCAGUCUGAAGAGAAUCAAUCGCUAGUUACGCAAAAGGAUGAAUUGGCUAGGGUGAAUAAACUUAUUGAGGAUGAAGAAAAGGAAUUAAAUAAUUAUAAAGCAAUCAUAAAUUCUAAGAAAGAAGCUUUAACAAAGUUAUAUUUCAGAAAGAAAGAACUUCUUUCGAAGGUUGGCGUUGAACUCUCCACGUUGCUACGUUCUGAGUCAAUUAAAGAUAAUACUGCAAUGGACAAGGAUAAGUCGCCGGAGGGCACUAACGUUAGUGAGAAUGAAUUAAAUGAAAAUGGUACUAAAGCAGAACAUAAGGAAGCUCCUGUAAUAGAAGCUACUCCAGUACCUCCCGUGAAUUACAUAUCUCCUUUGUAUAGAUUUAAAGCUUUCCGAUUUAACAGACAAUUUUUGGAAAAAGUACCCAGUGGAUUUCGGUCCGUGAAGUAUAGUAAUAAAGCGGACCCAACGAGGAUAAUGUGCAAAUACGAGACUACAGGAGGAGUUUGCAAUGAUGAGCAGUGUGAAGGAUUCCAUUUCAGGGAUUUAAUUAUGACGGAUAAUGAGAUUAUAGACGAUUUGGCAGAACAUAACGUGGGCACAACCAAUGAAGAGAAGGAAUCCUUCAGCAAGGUUAUUCGGGAGAUUAUCGCAAAAGAGAAGGAGAAAGAUUCCGAUUUUAGUACUAUAUGCCAAGCGAUUGUUGAUACGCAUAGUAGGUGGAACGCAGAACGUUUAACAAUUCCCAUUGCCAAAGUUUCGAUUUGAGUUUCUAUUGUUUUGUCUUUCAUUAAACACUUUUCAAAUUGCACGAUUGCUGAACACGUUCUGUGGAUAUCUGUUGUUACAAGUCUACCGGACGUGAACACUUAAAACCUUCCACAUACUAUGAAGAUACAUAAUUAUUUUAGUGUAAUAUUGUUUAAUGUUUUAGAGUUAAUUUUUGGUUAGUUGAAAAGAAUCUUAUAUGAAGUCAAAGAUGAAUUAGUACUCUUUUUUUUUUUUCUUUUCAACUCGUUUGGAUUUGAGAAGUCACAUAUAUACUGGUAAUAACAUAAAUAUCUUAAUUUAUAUUUAUAGAA